AUGCCUAAGGGUCGUCGUCUAUCUUCAACAGAACAAUGCCAAAUUCUAUCGCUUCGUCAUGCAGGCCAUAGCAACAAGGCCAUCGCGGAACAACUCGGCCGAUCCAGACGCUGCAUCGACGGUUUCAUGAAGAAUCCUGCGGCAUAUGGUCAAGCACACGGAGGAGGACGUCCACUCAUAUUGACACGAGCCGACCACAGACUGAUCCCUAGAUUGGCUUCCAAUUCAACCAUGAGUGCCAAUCAGAUCCGUGCACGACUUUCACUAAAUGUGUCGACUUCCACUGUAUUGCGAGCUAUUCGUCGUCAAAUAUUCUUGAGGAGGGAGAGGGUGAAGCCAGCACCCCGUCUGACCAGGAGCCAUCGCGAAGCCCGACUCGAAAGACAUGACAUUUUCGAAAACGGCGGAAAAUUUGAAAGGGAUGAUAUUGUCCGCAAACUGGUGGCACUGGACAUUUUGACCAUUGCUAGGGCGUUCAAGAAAGAAGACCAAGUAUAG